AUGGUCCAGAUCAGCGAGGUCAAGGGCAACAAGCGGGACAACCGUACAGCUGCUCAUACUCACAUCAAGGGCUUGGGCUUGAAAUCUGAUGGAUACGCUGAAAAACAAGCGGCCGGAUUUGUCGGUCAAGUCGGUGCGCGUGAGUCUUGCGGUGUUGUAGUGGACUUGAUUCGAGCUCAGAAGAUGGCUGGCCGAGGUGUUCUACUAGCAGGAGGUCCCGGAACCGGAAAGACGGCUCUGGCGCUCGCGAUUAGCCAAGAACUGGGCACCAAAAUCCCAUUCUGCCCCAUUGUCGGCAGCGAAAUCUACUCGACCGAAGUAAAGAAGACCGAGAUGUUGAUGGAGAACUUCCGAAGAGCCAUUGGUCUCAAGGUCCGAGAGACAAAGGAGAUUUAUGAGGGAGAGGUCACAGAACUUACACCUGAGGAGGCCGAGAACCCUCUAGGCGGCUACGGCAAGACCAUUAGCACAUUGCUGAUCGGACUCAAGAGCGCAAAGGGACAGAAGAAGCUCCGUCUCGACCCCAGUAUCUACGAGGCGAUCCAGAAGGAGAGAGUCACAGUCGGCGACGUAAUCUACAUCGAAGCGAACACAGGUGCUUGCAAACGAGUUGGACGGUCCGACGCAUAUGCUACAGAAUUCGACCUUGAGGCGGAGGAGUACGUACCAAUCCCCAAGGGUGAGGUGCACAAGAAGAAGGAGAUCGUACAAGAUGUUACGCUGCACGACUUGGAUGUGGCCAACGCCCGUCCUCAGGGUGGCCAGGACAUCAUGAGCAUGAUGGGCCAGCUAAUGAAGCCCAAGAUGACGGAGAUUACAGACAAACUGCGAGGCGAGAUCAACAAAGUCGUCAGCAAGUAUAUUGACCAGGGUGUGGCUGAGCUUGUGCCGGGUGUUUUGUUUAUCGAUGAGGCACACAUGCUCGAUGUGGAGUGCUUCACCUACCUGAACAGAGCCUUGGAAUCGCCCAUCUCGCCCAUUGUGGUCCUGGCUUCCAACCGGGGAAUGUGCACCAUCAGGGGCACUGACGACAUUGUCGCAGCCCACGGAAUCCCUACCGAUUUUCUCGCACGCAUGCUCAUCAUCCCCACAACGCCAUACGAAGGGGACGAGAUCAAGCGUAUCGUACGGAUACGUUCGACAACAGAAGGCGUCUCGGUAUCAGAUGCUGCGAUUGACAAGAUCUCGGAACACGGUGUUCGCAUCAGCCUGCGGUAUUGCCUGCAGCUGUUAACUCCCGCGAGCAUUCUUGCCAAGGCCAACGGCCGUUCGCAGAUCGACGUGCAGGACGUUGCUGAAUGUGAGGAUUUGUUCCUCGAUGCCCGCCGAAGCGCUGCGCUUCUCAGCAGCGAGGCCGGACAAGGAUAUCUCCCGUAG